AUGCAACGACCACUUACAGACGAGACUCAAAGGUUUUCCGCCUCCUUUGCUAGCCCGGGGCCGCAUGAAAGACAGGAAAGUCUUCAGGAACAUGGCUCUUUAACUCCUAAACGGCGCCCAACCUCGCUACCAGCACAGGCUAGAUCGGCUUCCGAGAGCGCAAGACACCGAGACUACUCUGUUCGGUUUCGAGACGAGCUACAUGUUACUCACUUAUCAACGCCUUUAUACAGCGAAGAUGAGGAAUCCAUUGCUGGAUCAGAAUUGACAGCGGAAAGCGAUGUCUCCAGCCGACGCCAGCGCAAGCAACGCAUACCCCGGAAAUCGACGACAUAUGCGCUCGCGCAUCCUGCCCCUGGCCUUCGAACAAAACAGCGUCGCCUGGUACAGUUCCGGCCCAAAUUGCUUCUCCAGCUUCAAGAAGUGGGCGAGAAGCGCGCUGUCCCGGCAUUCGACAUUGUUCCGUCUAGUCAAAUUGCAGGAAGUUUCAUCAUACCGGUCCUGGCGAAACGAUUUCCCCGAAUGUUUCGGGCCAAGCCUAACCUCGGACAGAACGACUUGUUGUUAAUGCGCAGCGAAAAUUACAAUAUAUCAACACCGACUGUCUCAGGCAUUGACGAUACAACAGAAGCCAUGGGCGAACGAGACGUUUUGGCAGUCGUAUCUGUAAACCCUCACGAAGGCACGGAUCACGCUGAACUGACAUUUCGUGAUGGCUCUACAUGGGACAUUGGGGCUAACUCCAAUGGAUCAUACGAAAUGAAGAAUGCCGAUGGCUCUGCUUCUCCCAUGAGAGGAAGAUGGGUUCGCCGCUCGACGCCUUUGCGGACAAAUAGUAUGGACGCUUGCAAUACCGGGCAAACGCAACUCAUGCAGGACAAGUGGACCUUUAGCAUCUUGGACCCUGCUGCCCGUCGACAUCCCAUCAUGGGUGUCCUCACUUCUACGUCCCUAGAGAUAUAUGACAAUUACAACACAAUGUCCACAUCGAGCAGUCGUUAUCCGCCGACCAAGUCGUUCGGAAGCGGAGUUAGCGUUGCACAGGAGGAGCAACAAAACCAGCCCGCUUCUGCCGUUGCGGAGAAGAGAAAGACUGAGACGGUGACUGAAGACAGCAAAAUGUUAAUGAUGGUCUCAGCUACUUGGAUCAGCCUUCGACAAGCCGGAUGGCCCGCAACGGCGAAUCCGAAAAUGGCUCGUUCCAUGUCGCAUUGCUGCAGUCCGCAGAGCGAGCAUGUUGCAGGAUCCGUAUCCGAUUCACGAGAGAGCUCGAGAGAGUUCAAGCCUCAAGAUGGCAUGAAUCACCAGCGCAGGAAAUCGACAGGUGCCUCGUCUCAUGCUCAGCCACCAGUUCGAACACUAUCCGCGGCUAGUCACUUCAUGAGAAAGCAGCAAGAACAGCGGCGACGAGAUUCGUUGCACGCUGGUUCGAAUGAUGGGCGGGCUACGCCUGAUAGCGUGGACAAACCUGUUCCUCGGCGAGGAACCGUAACAAAGCUGGCCUCGUGGCUGCGUAAUUGUUUUGGCGGGGAGGGGAGCGCACAAAAGCGUCAUACGUGA